CAAGUUCUUCCAUCCUAACACACAUCUAGACUUGGAUUCACAAUACCCAAGUGAGUAGGAAAACUAAUCCAUAGCUAGAAAAAGGAAAACUACAAAAAGGAGAGAAAGAACCAUGGAGAGAUGAGUGUCUUCCUUCCUUCUUGCUUGAAUCUCCUUUGAGAAGAACAGAUCUUCAAUCCUCUAGCUUGAAUUGAGCCCAAUCUCCUUCUUUUUCCUUUAAAUGACAUUUUCUCUCUCUAGAAUGGGAAGAGGAAACCCUCACCUCUCACUAGAAAACCCUAUUUGUUCUGAAAACUAAAACCCUAAAAAAGCUCUCUUUCUUCUCCUUUCAGCUCUCUAUUUAUACUGAGAUCGUGCCCAACUCAAGGCCCUAGUUCACGGUCGUGAACAUCAGAACCCGUCCGUGAACUCAGUGAGCUGGAUCAAAACGCAUCGCUUAACUUUCGGGGUUCACGGUUUGUGGUUCCAGUUCACGGUCUUAGCGAUCGUGAACUGCCUUGGCGUCAGUAACCUCAGAAACCCCUCUGGACACUUCGCGAUUCACGAUGAGAAGCACAUUCCAUGGAGCACAUGCCUAGGUAUGCCAAAUACCUCAAGGGCCUUCUUGCCAAGAAACCAAAAUUUGAAGACCUCGCCAAUGUCACCAUAGGCGAGGAGUGCUCUGCCUUCAUCCUCAACAAGUUGCCUAAAAAGCAACCGGAUCCAGGAGCAAGCAUUAAUGUGAUGCCUUACAAGCUUUUUAGAAAGUUGCAUUUGGAUGAAUUAAAGACUACUAGGCUUAGUGUCAUAUUGGUCGAUUGCUCUGCCAUUAGUCCUAUAGAUUCAGAUAUGCCACUCAAACUAGGGCGCCCCUUCCUUGCCACCGGCAAGGCUUUAAUCAAUGUUAAUGAGGGAACUCUGAUUUUGAGAGAUGGAGAGGAGCAACUCACUCUUUCAAUUGAUCCUAAGGCUAAGAAUGAUUAUGUUAAGGAAAUGGACUCGAGUGGUAUGAUUAGAAGUGGAGGGGCAUGGUUGAUUAGGUCGAGUUUUGAAAUUUUGAAAAUGCCCUGUUUUUACUCAGUUCACGGUUUUAGCCCCAUUGGAACGGCUUGGGCAAGAGUUUGGGGUCGAUUGGACGAAGUUUGGACAGUUGAUGGAAAGAAGAGACUGUCACACGGCCUGACCAUGUUGUCACACGACCGUGCAACUUGGUCGUGCAACACCCUUUUGCGCGGUCAAGACUGUACAGGUCGUGCAUGUGCCCCUUUUGGCCGUAUGGGAUUUCCCGAGACUUCACACAGGCUGGCCGAAUUUCCACAAGGCCGUGCAGUUCUGUGCAUGACUCGUAGCCAGUCGGGAGAUCUACUGCCAUUGGACCAGGAGCUUGAACGAACCUGUCACAAUUUCAAGAGAGCUUUGAAUGCACGACUGGCUGCGGAGGAAGCUCUAGCACAUAUAAACAUCAACCAGGAGGAAGAAAUGGGUGAGCCUAAUGAUGGCGGGGAGCUUGUCCCUGAUGAGCAUACCAUGAGAUACUACUGGACCGCUAGGGCCGAAGGCGAGUGCCCUCGCUCGCACUUGAGGCGAUUCCACGAGUUGAUCGAUGGGAUCAUGAUUAAUGGGGUCCCUACAGAUGCCUUCCAGCUGAGAUGCUUCCCCUUUACUUUAGACGGACAGGCAAAGGAGGGGCUAGACACCCGGCCCCCGGGAUCGAUCAUCGCAUUCGCCGGCGUGGGCGACAAGUUCCUCACCCGCUAUCAUCCUCCAUCAAAGACAGGGGACCUGCAGAAGGAGAUCACCCAUUUUGCACAAGAAGAAGAUGAGACCAUUCGGGAUGCAUGGGAGAGAUACUCCAGUCUCUUCUUGAAGUGUCCAAAUCAUGGUUUCAACGACGCUUUCAGGGUUGGCACCUUCUACCGAGCUCUCUUCCCUGAAGAUAAGCAGUUGAUUGACUGGGUAUGUGGCGGGAACAUGAUGACUAAGACGCCACUGUAGUUAAAUCAACUCUUUGAGGAGAUGGCAGAGCAAGGAUAUGAUUGGGGUACUACUAGGAGGUCGAGGCGAGUACCGGGUCGGGGUGUACAUGCUGACACGCUAAAACACAAUACCAAACUGCGACCAAGUGUAUUCACAGAAUGGAAAUGCAUUAUAGUGGAAUCAAGUAAUAAAUAUCAACCCAAGGC